AUGAAGAGAGAGGAUGUGGUGGUGAAUGAGCUGAUCCAGUGCGGCGCCAACGUGAACCAGGUGUACGAGAAGGGUUUGGCCCCACUCCACUCCACGGCCGCCUCGCGCCAUGGGGCGCUCUGCCUGGAGCUGCUGGUGGGCAACGGGGCCCUCGUCAACAUCAAGAGUAAAGAUGGAAAGACCCCCCUCCACAUGACGGCCAUCCACGGACGCUUCUCCAGAUCUCAAGCCAUCAUCCAGAAUGGUGCUGAGAUCGACUGUGAAGAAAAGAAUGGAAACACACCUCUGCACAUCUCUGCUCGCUACGGCCAUGAGUUACUCAUCAAUACACUCAUCACGAACGCAGCUGACACAGCCAAGCGAGGCGUCCAUGGGAUGUUCCCCUCCACCUGUCUGCUCUCAGUGGGUUCUCUGACUGCUAGUCCUCUGCAUUAUGCGGCAGCCAAUUGUAACUACCAGUGUCUGUUUGCCUUGGUGGGGUCUGGGGCCAGUGUGAACGAUCUGGAUAAAAGGGGUUGCACCCCGCUCCACUACGCUGCUGCCUCCGACACAGACGGAAAGUGUCUGGAAUAUUUGCUGCGAAACGACGCUAACCCAGGGAUCAGGGACAAUCAGGGCUACAACGCAGUCCAUUACGCUGUCUGCCUAAUGGAAACCUCAGGGACAGACAUCCUGAACGACUCUGAUGUCAGAGCUCCCAUCAGCCCCCUACACUUAGCUGCGUACCACGGCCACCACCAUGCUAUGGAGGUCCUGGUUCAGUCUCUGCUGGAUCUAGACGUGAGGAACAGCCAGGGGCGCACCCCUCUGGACCUGGCUGCCUUUAAAGGCCAUGUGGAGUGUGUUGACGUCCUCAUCAACCAGGGAGCCUCCAUCCUGGUUAAAGACUUCACCCUGAAGAGGACCCCCAUCCACGCUGCAGCUACCAACGGUGAUUCGGAGUGUUUGCGUUUGCUGAUUGGAAAUGCUGACCUCCAGAGUGCAGUGGACGUUCAAGACGGGAAUGGACAAACCCCUCUGAUGCUGUCGGUGCUGAGCGGACACACAGACUGUUUGUACUCACUGCUCACAAGGGAGCCGCUGCCACAAGUGGGGCCUCCAGCGGUGACGGGUCAUGAGGAGUGUGUGGAGGCCCUGCUGCAGCACAGUGCCAGCUUCCUGGUUCGGGACUGUAAGGGGCGGACCCCUGUCCACAUGGCGGUGGCAUCCGGACACAUCGGGGUGCUGGGGGGGCUCCUACACGCCGCCCAGUCAGUGGAGACCCUCCCCGUCAUCACAGACAACCAGGGCUACACGCCACUACACUGGGCCUGCUACAACGGCCAUGACACGUGUGUAGAGGUGCUGCUGGAACAGGAGGUUUUCCACAAGACCGAGGGCAACUCGUUCAGCCCCCUCCACUGUGCUGUGAUCAAUGACAACGAGGGGGCUGCAGAGAUGCUGAUUGACACUCUGGGGCCGGCCAUUGUCAACGCCACUGACACCAAGAACCGGACCCCCCUGCAUGCGGCGGCUUUCACGGACCACGUGGAGUGUCUUCAGCUGCUGCUAGGCCACAACGCCCAGGUCAACUCCCCCCGAUGCCUCCGGGAAGACCUCCCUCAUGAUGAUCUGUUGGUGAGCAGUGCCAAAGCAGAGCUCACCCUGCAGGAUGCAGUCAAGAACACUGCUCAUCAUCUGGCCUGCAGUAAGGGGCAUGAAACCAGUGCUUUGUUGAUAUUGGAGAAGAUUACAGACAGGAACCUCAUCAACUCGACUAACGCAGCCUUACAGACGCCGUUACACGUUGCAGCCAGAAAUGGUCUGACGGUGGUGGUUCAGGAGCUACUAGUGAAGGGUGCUAGCGUGCUAGCAGUCGAUGAGAAUGCUUACACGCCUGCCUUGGCCUGCGCCCCCAACAAAGACGUGGCGGACUGCCUGGCGCUGAUCCUGGCCACCAUGAUGCCCGUGUCCCCCUGCAACCCGGCACCCAGCCUGUCCUUCAGUGCCAUUAACCACUACACCACCAGCCCCUCAAAGAGUGUGACCUUCGACAGCCUGCCCGUGCUGCGCAGCGAGCACAGCUCCUACUGCAGCUUCAACAACAUCGGCCACCGCGAACACGAUGGAGGCUUCUACAAGGAUGAGGAGCUCAACGACUCAGACUCAGAGACAUACUGA